CGAGUUGACAGCAAGUUCAAAUCAAGCAUUGCAUCGCCUUUACCGAUCAGAGUGAUAUUAAUGAACACUGACAAUGAACAUAAGACUGCAAUAUAUUUCAGUAGCUGUAACGAUAUUGUUACGAACAGUAUCGAGUUCCAAGAUCCUGGGUGUAUUUUUCAUGCCAUCGAAAAGCCAUUUCACGCUAGGAAACAGCCUAGCUCGAGGUCUAGCUGAAGCAGGACACGAUGUGACGCUCAUAAACCUCUUCGGAGACGAUCAACCUCUUCCAAAGAAUGGUUCCUACAGGGAUAUUGUUUUAACUGGAUUACUAGACGAUUUUCUAUCUUCAAGGAAGAUUAGUCCUACUGAAAUGAAUACCAGUUCCUUCAUGCAACCAUUCAUCUUCAAUACGAAGAUGCUAGGACUGAUAGAAAAGGCAAUCAAACAUCCCGAAUUUCUCAAUCUGGUGAACUCUAACGAAACAUUCGAUGUUGUUAUUGUGGAACAAUUUGCCAACGAUGUUUGCAAAUAUCUCGCUCCAUAUUUCGAUGCUGAACUCAUAGUAUUUUCCCCAAUUGGCACUUAUCCUACCAUCAACAAUAUGGUAGGAAACCCCACCAUGGUAUCUUUCACCCCUGGUGCCUUCUCAAAAUAUCGUGGACGUAUGAAAUUCUUCGACAGAGUGCAUAACACUUUGAUAUACAUCCUGGAAGAAGUUUUGCAUGAGUUUGUUUUCUUACAAAACCAAGAGAGAUUACUUCAUAAAUAUUUCUCAAACAGUACAAAUAUCCGUAAUUUAUUCUACAACGUAUCAUUGGUGUUACUGAAUAGUCAUGAGAGUAUAUGGCAGCCUGUUCCCCAAGUACCUAAUAUGAUCCAGAUUGGAGGAUACCACGUUCAGCCACCGAAGAAAUUGCCCAAGGACAUUCAAGUAUUCUUGGAUAACGCAGAAGAUGGCGUGAUUUUCUUCAGUAUGGGUUCGUAUUUGAAGAGUACAGAGUUUCCUGUGAGUAAGAGGAAUGCAUUGUUGGCAGCAUUCGCUCAACUGAAAGAGAAAGUAUUGUGGAAAUGGGAGGAUGAAGUACUCCCAGGACAACCAAGUAAUGUGAAAACUGCUAAGUGGUUACCUCAGAAUGACAUCUUAGCUCAUCCCAAUGUGAAGCUAUUCAUCACCCAUGGCGGUCUGCUCAGUUCCAUCGAAACCAUCUAUCAUGGAGUUCCAGUUUUGGCUUUUCCAGUAUUUGGUGAUCAAAGCACUAACGCCCACAAUGGUUUCAAGAACGGAUAUGCCCUUGUUCUGCCCUUCAAGGAUCCAGAUUUUUCAGAAAAGAAAAUAUAUUCGCUGCUCAGAGAGUUGUUGGAUAAUCCCAAAUAUCGAGAGAACGCCAAAAGAAGAUCCAUGAUAUUCCAUGAUCGUCCCAUGAAGCCAAUGGAUGCGGCGGUAUACUGGGUGGAAUACGUAAUAAGACACAAGGGUGCUAGACAUCUGAGGGUGGAUGGUCUGGAUAUGCCUUGGUAUCAGUACUUCCUGGUAGAUGUAAUCGCUUUUUUAUUUAUGUCCUUAUCGUUAGUUCUUUCAGUUUUUCUCAUUUUUGUGAGAUUGGUUGUGAAAUCAUUGACCGGAAAGUCGAAAAAAGUUAAAAGGAGUUGAAACAUAUAGAGAUAAUUGAAUAUGAAUUGGAAAGUUCGUGAGAUCAGCUUAAAAGAUGGAUGUUAGAAGGUUCUGAUUGAUUUUCGGAGUACACUGAGGAAAGAAUGUAGCCAUUACUAAAAAUAUA